UUGACAUGCGAUUCGUUUUCGUAACGGGACAUUUAACAAAACAAGUCUGUGAACUACAUGCGUAGGUGUUACGAUAAAUGCGUAGGUCUUAUGAUAAUUUUUAAUUAAUUUGCAAAUAACGCAAUUGGAUAUUUUAAACAGUUGUAAUAUUUUACUGUUUUAUUUUGUUUACUGUUAGCAAAAAUUGUUAAUUUUUUUUUUCCAUGUGAAAUUUUGUUGAAACUAAAAUGUGCUAAUUCCUAAUUUUGUUGAAACUAAAUGUGCUAAUUUUGUGAAACUAAAAUGUGCUAAAGGCCAAGUGGACAUGGAAGUAAAGAUAGAAAUUGGCCAUAGAGCACUCAAAAAUAUAAAGCCUACCAAAGAAGGCUAUACUCAUGACUGGACAGUAUUUGUACAAGGUGCUAGUGGUAAUGAAAUCAAAUAUAUUGUGGAGAACGUUAUAUUUCAUUUACCUGACAGUUAUCCAGAUUCAAAAAUAAUCAAGGAAAAGCCCCCUUUUGUUCUAUCAGAAUCUACCUCUCAGAAUAUUUCCAUUCAGAUUGAAGUGUAUUUCUGCAAAGAGGCAAAACUCAAGAAAGUGAAUUAUAUUUAUGACAUUUGCAUUAAUGAUGAUGAAGUAAAUACCUUAUGGACAAGAAAACUGACGUUUCCAAAUCCUAGUAAAGAGUUUGAGAAAAAACUUCUUCUUGCUGGAGGAGAACUAGUUGAUACGACAGCACCACCUGUGAUGACUGGAGCACUUCUGACAUGUAAAGUUGAACGAGUUGAUUAUGUUGAUGAUGUAGUAUUAAAUACAUCUACUCAAGAUACUGAUAACUUGCAAAACAGCAAGGUGACAUUAACUUCAUCUGCUCAAGAUACUGAUAACUUGCAAAAUUGCAAUGAAGAACUAUCAAGUUGUGAUAAGUUAUUAGAGGAAAAUGAAACUUUGAAGAAUGCAAAUAUGGAGCUAAAAGAAAAAAUCAACCUUCAAGAAAAGUUAAUUGUGCCUUGUGAAGAACAGGUUUCUCAUUAUGAAACAAGUAUUUUAAAUGCUAAUGUGGACAUUAAUCAGUUAAAAAAGAAGAUUGAAGCAGAUGAAAGAGAAAUUUCUAUUUUGGAAUUACAGGUGCAGAUGCUUAAGAAUAAACUUUUAAGGAUGAAAAUCCAUCCUCCGGAAUGUCCUGAAGAAAAGAAUGAAGAAGAAUUGAAUAUGUCUGCUGCUGUUGGGAAGGAAAAAGAAAAUAUCAUCCAGUCAAUGGAAUUUAUGUCUUCAACUUCCAGCAGAUCACAGAAUUCUCUCAUCUUUGAAAACACUUUUGAUUCAGUAAAAAACCAAAAUGUUACUGAACAUGUUGAAUCAAAAAGCAUCACAUCAGUUGUCCAGGAAUCUUCACACAACAGAUCAACUGUUGAAUUUAAUGAAUUGUGUAAUACUUUACAAGAAAGUUGUCCCCUUUCUCAAUUGAGGAAUGAAACUCAGUCUUUAAAUAAUAGCUUUUUUAAUUUUAUAAAUACUUGUGAUGUUGAGGAAUCGGUAAAAGACAACUCAAUUGAAACUAAUGCUACUCUCAGUAAAUCUCAUAUAAUAAGUAACGAUGCAGAGGACUUUGUAUAUGGAAGCUCAGUGGAAGCUAAUUCUUCUUUGAAUACAUCUGAAAUAAAAGUAAUGAAUGCUGAACAUUCUAAAGAAAGGAAUUCAGUUAAUUCUAAUACUUCGCUGAAUAAAUUUGACAUGGAAAAUGAGGAUGUUGAAAAAGCUAUAUUUGGAAGUAUAAUGGAAUAUCUGAAUUCACCUGAAAAGAUUACAGUGGAUUCUGAGACAUCUGCCAAAGGAGUUGUGGUUAAAGCCGAUGCUUCUUUGAAUAAAUUUAACACAAAAAAUAAUGAUGCUGAGGAAGUUGUGGAAGGAAACUUUCUGGAUGCCUCUGCAAUUAAAAUGCAGUCAUGUAAUGCAAAUAAAACCCAAGAUGAAUUUGAUAUACCUGUACAAGAACAAUGUGCAUUACCAAUUAAAAAAAUGAACACUGAAUCGUAUAACUCAAAUUGUAAAGAAAAUGGUCAAAAACUUCCUGAGUGUGGUGAUAUUGCCUCUUCCACAUUAACCUCAAAAGAUAUAUUACUUCCUAAAAAGAAAAAAAGAAAAAAAACUAGAAAAGAAAGAAUUUUAAAAAGAAAAUCUUUUGUAAUGGAAAAAUUUCCUUCUAAAACGAAAAGAAAAAUAAUGAGGAAAAGACUAAGAUAUCAAAUGCUAGAACAGUUUGAAUUAAAUCAGCAAGUAUCUUUAAACAAAAAAGAAAAUAUUGAAUCAUUUUAUGCAAAUUUUAAAGAUAAUUGCCAAACGCUUUCACAUUGUAAUGAUCUAAUUUCCGCUCAAGCCCCAAGUAAUAAGCAAAAACCUAAUAAAUGGAAAAAGGUUAAAAAUGUACAGAACUUCAAAAAUGUUUUUCCAGGUGAACAUUUACACUUCGACUCUAUUUGCAAGCAAUCUCAUCAAGAUAUAAAUGAUACUUAUUUACCAAAAUUGAAUGUAUUCCUUACACAGCAUUGUGAGAAACUUGCAAUAGAAUUAUAUAGAAUAAAAAAUUCAGAAUUCAAUAAAUAUAGGGAAGGUACAAAUCCUCUUUUCUUUAUGCUAGGGAAUAUUGAUACUGGUCCAAUCUCUGAUGCAUGUAUAGCACAGCAUGUGCAAUCCUUAAUUGAUUAUUUUUCAGACCCCAAAAAAUUGGACAUGCCAUCUUUAAUUUUUCUGGUAGUGGAUUAUCUUUAUCGUGAAAGACCACAACAUGACAGUUUAUUCACUUACUUUCAAAAUCAAGAUUUAUAUGUGUAUAUACCAUAUUCUGAAAGCUGUGUUGUCCGUGCUGUUGUUGAAAUUGAAAAGAAGUCAUUGCCUCACUUGAAUGGAUUGGGAAGGAACGUUUUAAACAUAAUUCAUGAAGUGAUCAUUUCAAAGAAAAAAAUGCCACUGAAUGGUUUGGCUUCUUUGUGUAGAGUGUUUAUGGAGAUGUGCAAAUGCUACAAUGAUAGGUGGGAAGUUCUCUUUUUGUGCUGUGAAUUGCUGAGAUUGGGACACCCGUUUGCACCAUAUUUGAUUAACGCACUUGCCGCGGUCUGGAGAGAUCCAUUUAGCUUGAAUGAUAGUUUUUCAGUGGAAGAAAAUAUGUUGUUGAGUUCUAUCUUUUAUGGAAUGGAAGAAAAACCAUUGUUAAUGGAUUCUGACCUUUGGGCACGAACCCUUAAAUUAAGAUCUGCCUAUUUUCCUCAUCCACUGGUAACAGAUCCCAAUCAGGCAAUAGAGUUUUUAACCUCUGAAAUUGUUUCCAGAUGUGCUAAACAGUUAUUUCAAAACUUAUGGAUGCUGACAAAGGCCUUAGUUAUUUAUGUUUCAAGACAAACUUGGGAUUGGAAGAUGCAUUUUAGGAAUAAAUAUAUAUUUACCAAUUUGCUGCAUUUUUCAAACUGUUUUAAUGAACAUGGAUUUGAUUUGUUCUGUAAUUUGCAUGUGGACAUUUCCAUUUUUUGCAAUGUAAGUCCUUAUGAAGAACUACUACAAUUUUUUACCAAACCAGGUCUUCUUCAUCAAGUUUUUGUAGGUACAAAGUUCCUGCAGGAUUCUGCUGCUGUAUCUGUAUUAAAAUAUGUUGGUAUUACAGACAAACACAUCCCUGCUCCAUUAAGAGAUUGGUUCCUGAGGAAUAUAGAUAACCCCAAACUGGCGAAACUACUAGAUCUUUAUUGUAAAAAGGUGAUGGAAUCUCAUGAUAACCUUUUAUUAUGGGAUGAUAUUAUAAUUUUGUAAAUAGAAAUUGUAUAUUAAAUGUUAAUUUUCUCUGAGCAUUUGUAAUAUUUAUGUACAUAUAUGGAUAUAAAGGAAUAUAUUUAUUGAUGAUUACAAAAAUUGUAAUAAUUUUAUGGUAUUCCUCACCCCUUCUCCAAAAUUCUCUAGUAACAAUCUGAGAGCUUUUUCUGUAUGGAAAUCCCCUAGAAAUGUGGAAUAAAGAUAACCCCAAACUGGCAAACCUACUAGAUCUUUAUUGUAAAAAGGUGAUUGAAUCUCAUGAUAGCCUUUUCUUAUGGGAUGAUAUUAUAAUUUUGUAAAUAGAAAUUGUAUAUUAAAUGUUAUUUUUCUCUUUGCAUUUGUAAUAUUUAUGUAUAUAUGCAUAUAAAUAUGUAUACUUAUUGAUAAUUACAAAAAUUUUAAUAAUUUUAUGUUAUUCCCCACCCUUUCUCCAAAAUUCUGGAUUAACAAUCUGAGAGCUUUUUCUGUAGGGAAAUCCCCAACAAAUGUGGAAUAAAGAUAACCCGAAACUGGCGAACCUACUAGAUCUUUAUUGUAAAAAUGUGAUGGAAUCUCAUAAUAGCCUUUUAUUAUGGGUUGAUAUUAUAAUUUGUAAAUAGAAAUUGUAUAUUAAAUGUUAUUUUUCUCUUUGCAUUUGUAAUAUUUAUGUAUGUAUAUGCAUAUAAAUAGGUAUAGUUAUUAAUAAUUACAAAAAUUUUAAUAAUUUUAUGUUAUUCCCCACCCUUUCUCCAAAAUUCUGGGGUAACAAUUUGAGAGCUUUUUCUGUAGGGAAAUCCCCAACAAAUGUGGAAUAAAGAUAACCCCAAACUGGCGGACCUACUAGAUCUUUAUUGUAAAAAGGUGAUGGAAUCUUAUGAUAGCUUUAUAAUGGAAUGAUAUUAUAAUUUUGUAAAUAGAAAUUGUAUAUUAAAUGUUAUUUUUCUCUUUGCAUUUGUAAUAUUUAUGUACAUAUAUAUGCAUAUAAAUAGGUAUAGUUAUUAAUAAUUACAAAAAUUUUAAUAAUUUUAUGGUAUUCCUUACCCCUUCGCCAAAAUUCUGGGGUAACAAUCUGAGAGCUUUUUCUGUGUGGAAAUCCCCAAAAAAUGUGGAAUUCCUCUCCCCCCCCCCAUGCAGAAGCAUGGAAAUGCUUCGUGAAUGAUUCUACAAUGUCUUUGUUUUCUUGUUCUAUUUUUGUUUGUAUUAUAAAGGGAGACCCAAAAUUAUUGCAAGAUGUGAAUUUGUGUUGGCAACACUGAUAAAAAAAUUUCAUAGCUGAUAGUUACGAUAUAGUAAAAUGGAGCAUUAUGCUAUAGUGUUAACAAUGUGUUAAUGCAGGAUUUGAUUUAAAUAAAAAAUACAGUUUUUUAUUUAAAUUGUUAUAUUUUUAUUGAAUCAUAAAAUACACAGGAUGUAUCUUUGGAAUAACACAUAGGGCAAAUAGUCUCAACGGCUUUGCUGGCACAUACGUACUCUUCUGUCGAAAUUUCCAUGACAAUUUUGCAUAAAUAACGCUGAAUUUCGUCGAUGCACCGUUGAAUUUCCUCCUUCAGUGCACAUGGGCUUGUUGGCAUUGACCUUUGACUUUAAAUAACACCAUAGAAAGAAAUCCAGUGGUGUUGAAUCACACGAUCUAGGGAGCCAUUUCUCAAAUCUUCGAACUGUGACCGCCAGACUUUCGUUAUUUUUGAAACAUUGUUCAACAAUGAAAACUCAUUGUUCUAUCAUGUAACGCUCAAUUUUUACUAACCUAAACUAACAGCUGUCAAAUGGUUUUUUUAAUAGGCUGCUACCGCACAAGUAGUGGCAAAUUCAAAUCUUGCUUUAAUUUUGGGACACGCUUUAUAUGUGUGUCUAUAUGUUUAUGAUAAUCUACAAAUGCAGUUCAAAAUGCCUUUCUUAUCAAGUGCCUCAAACUAUGCAAACAAAAGGUAACCUCCCUAAAAGAACAAUUUUUAAAUUUUUGUUUGUAUACUAAAUGUUUCAUUAUUAUUAUUUUAACUUAUUUAUAACUGCAUUAUUUAGAAAUUUCAUAUGUUUGUUAUAUAUAUCUUCACAUCCCCCCCCCUUAUUUGCAGGAAAGUUUUACACAUUUUUGACAUAAAAUUUUAUGUAAUUAAACAUAUUUUAUUUGUAACAAAAUAGAAAUUUCAAUCCUAAUAAAUGAUUCCAUUUAUAUAGAAGAAUGUAAUUUUCCUUGAGUUCACCAGCAAAAAGAAAAAAAAUAAAAUAUUGAAAUUUAAACUGUGAAUAUUAAAUGGUUAUGCAGUCCAUAUUUAGACAAAUAGAAAUUAUCUUCUUUUUUUUUUUCAAAUAAUUUUAAUUGAUGCACACAUCAAAAUAGCAUCUCUAAUAUAAAAGAACAAAUUGUCAGCUCCAAACAAUAAAUAGAAUAAAUAAUAUUAUCCCAUAUUCUAUUCCAUUAUGUCUGUUAAAAUGACUUCAGUGGCAACUUUUUUUUAUGUGUGACUUUAAAAAAAAAUCUUUGAACAAAUAUUGUCUGUAUUAGGGAAGAGUAUUGUCUGUUCUGAAAUCAGGAAAGGGUUCUUGCGUUUACAAAUUCUUUAUUAUUUUGUUUGAAAGAUAAUUUUGUAUCUUAUAGAAGUAUUUAUUAUAAAAAUAUUAUGCAAUUUUGUUUAAAACAAUAACACAAGAAUUUUAUUUAUGCUUCUUAUGUAAUUAAAGAAUUCUAUUGUAGUUUUGCGUCCAGUAUUUAUGCGUAACAUUUGUCUAUGCUCUUGAGUCUAAAAUGAAACGUAGUGAAUAACGAUAUCAAUUUGUUUAGAUAUCCUUGAUCAAUUUAUGAUUAGAUAUUUAUUUGUAAUAUUAUUAUUGUUAAUUUUUUGAAAGAAUUUGAUUGUACACCAAGAAAAUUAUAAUUACCAACAUCCUCAGGUAUUUUUUUUCUACGUAAUAAUAUCAACAAUAAAAAAAUUCAUAAAAUUUUUUUGUCUGUUUUAUAGGGAAUAAAUACUAUGAAACAGGUAAUAGUGAACACUUAUGGUCUGAAAUUCUUUUUAAUGCUGAAUUAUAAUUUUUUUCAUAAAAUUUUUUGAAUUAAUGAUAAAAUGCUUGAAAGAAUUGUAUUUCAUUAUUAAAAAAGUCAAAUAUAAGUAGAAUCUAUAUGUAGUAGAAGGUUUGUUAUUAGAAGUAGUAGAAGGUAAUUAUUGGUGAAUAAAAUUUUGUUAUGACUGCCUUUUGAAAAAUAUAGAAAUAUUUUUGUACAAAGGUUAUGCAUAAUGCACAUGGCUCGAAAAAUUAUUCAGAUGAAUGAUUGUAUUUGUUUACUGCAAUUAAACCUUUUUAAAUAAUUAUUUCAAUUUAUUGUGAAAGUUUAUUUCAGUGUGUUUAUUUUGAAAUUGUUCUGAAAUGUUGACUUAAGAAAUGGGAAUUUAUUAAUAGUAUUAUUUAUUUUAUUAUUUUUUGUUGUUUUGAAUGAGUAUUCCUCAGAAUAAAAAUAAAAUAUAUCUCAUUGAGAUUUGUGUAAUGAUGGAGGGUAGAAGGUGUGUGAGAGAGGUAGAUAAUAUAUAGCAGAUAUUUAUACAAAACUGAAUAGUAAUAUGUAACUUCAAAUUUCGAUAGUCGCAUAACUCAUAUGGCUAUAGAAGCUUUAUGAUCUUUUGUUCAUAACACUUUUUCUCUCUGAUUUGCUGUCAGCUGCCAUAAGAUUUGAUUUGAAAUAGAAGGCAUAAAACUCCAAUAAAUACGAAAACCUUUUUGCUGAAACAAAAGAUAUUUUUUGAAAAUAUGGCUAUGGAACAUGAAUCCUUCAGCAUUGUAAUCUUAUGUGUACUACGGAAUAUUUUUUAAUAUAAUUUAUGCAACAUUUUAAAGAAUUCUUCAAUAAAAAUUUCACUGAUUCAUCAUAAAAUUCAGUUUAACUUUCAAAAGGAUUU